UCUGCACUCUGCAGAAACUAAAUAAUUGAGAUGAAAGGAUCCAUACAUGGAGUUGACUUUUGAUGAUAAAAGCUUCACGCGUCUAUCCAAACUUCUUUGAACGUGGACUUUUGUCACAUAGAAGAUAAGAGAAGAUCAAUCAGAUUAAAAAAAUGCAGAAGUAUGAAGAAGACUAAGACUUACCAAGUCUUCUGUAUUGCUGCACUCUCUGUCCUAACUCUGCAGCUUAUCAAUGGUUCAUCAGCAGCAACACCUCCACCUCCAAAUAGUAAUUCUUCAACUUCUUGUAACAGAGCCUGUGGAGGAGUCUCAAUUCCGUUCCCGUUCGGAAUCGGGAAGGAUUGUUAUCUCAAUGGCUGGUAUGAGGUUAUCUGCAACACUUCCACUUCCGGGUCGUCUGGCACAACGGUUCCGUUCCUCUCACGGAUCAAUAGCGAAGUGGUGAACAUCUCUCUUCCAGAUGGUAAGAAACUAUAUGGAGUAGUUCACAUCAAAGGUCCAGUGACAUCGUUGGGUUGCUCUAGUAGUAGUAGUAGCAGUCAAGUAUCCGAAAUGUCAUUGCCGAAUUUGAACGUCACAGGCAGGGGAAGUCCAUAUUUCCUCACUGAUGAGAACUGCCUCGUGAUGGUUGGUUGUGGUACAAAGGCUUUGAUGAAGGAUAUAGAAUCAGAGAUCUUGGGUUGUGAAUCGAGCUGUGAAGAUAGCAAGAGUAGUGAAGAAGUAACAAACUCGAAAUGUGACGGUUACAAAUGCUGCCAGGCGAGAAUACCGUUGGAGCGUCCUCAGGUUAUUGGUAUCAAUAUAGAAAACACUAGUGCCACAAGAGGGAAAGAAGGGUGUAGUGUUGCGUUCUUGACUAACAAAAGGUAUGCGCCGAUGAAUGUUACCGAGCCAGAACAAUUCCAUGCUGGUGGCUACGCAGUGGUUGAGCUAGGUUGGUACUUUGAUACAUCGGAUUCACGCUAUAGGAACCCCUUAGGUUGUAGAAACAUGACGCGGUACAGUUCUUACAGCUCCUUUGAUAAAUGUAGUUGUGAGUAUGAUUACUUUUCUGGGAUGAGUUAUAGGAUUUGCUAUUGCAACUAUGGCUACACAGGGAACCCAUACCUUCGACAUGGCUGCAUAGACAUAGACGAAUGUGAAGGACACCACAAUUGUGGAGAAGGGACUUGUGUGAACAUGCCUGGAACACAUAGCUGCGAGCCCAAGAUAACGAAACCGGAAAAAGCCUCUGUGCUUCAAGGUGUUCUUAUAAGUCUAGGAGUGCUGCUUUUCGUCCUUGGAAUCUUGGGGUUGUACAAAUUCAUUAAGAAGCGAACGAGGAUCAUCCGCAACAAAAACUUUUUCAAACGUAAUGGUGGCUUGCUGUUGAAACAACAACUAAUUACAAAGAACGGAAAUGUUGAUAUGUCAAGGAUAUUUAGCUCAAAAGAGUUGAAGAAAGCUACUGAUAACUUCAGCAUGAACAGGGUGCUUGGGCAAGGGGGUCAAGGAACUGUGUACAAGGGAAUGUUGGCGGAAGGGAGAAUCGUUGCGGUUAAAAGAUCGAAAGUUGUGGGUGAAGGCAAGAUGGAAGAGUUCAUCAAUGAAGUCGUACUUCUCUCACAAAUUAACCAUAGGAACAUUGUGAAACUCUUGGGAUGUUGUCUAGAGACUGAAGUUCCUGUCUUGGUUUACGAAUAUAUUCCUAAUGGAGAUCUGUUCAAGCGUCUUCAUGAAAAAUCUGAAUCCAAUGAUUACACGAUGACUUGGGAAGUACGUCUUCGUAUAGCUAUAGAGAUAGCGGGAGCUCUUUCAUACAUGCACUCAGCUGCAUCGAUUCCAAUAUACCACAGAGAUAUCAAGACUACCAAUAUACUAUUAGAUGAAAAAUAUAGAGCCAAAGUAUCUGAUUUCGGAACUUCAAGAUCCAUAACCAUUGCUCAAACUCAUCUAACAACGUUAGUUGCAGGCACUUUUGGGUAUAUGGAUCCGGAGUACUUUUUAUCAAGCCAAUAUACUGACAAGAGCGAUGUUUACAGUUUCGGGGUGGUCUUGGUGGAGCUCAUAACCGGAGAAAAACCACUGUCAAGGAAGAGGAUUGGCAACUGAUUUCCUUGAGGCCAUGAAAGAGAACAGAGUGAUUGACACAAUUGAUAUUCGGAUCAAAGGAGAAAGCAAGCUGUGCCAAGUGAUGGCAGUCGCAAAACUCGCUCGAAAGUGUCUUAGCAGGAAAGGGAGAAAGCGGCCAAACAUGAGAGAGGUUUCAUUUGAGCUGGAGAGGAUCCGUUCUUCAUCACCUGAAGAUUUAGAGGUCCAUGUUAGAAAUGUUGAUGCAGAGGAACAAAUCAUGGAAAUCAACAGAGAACGAUUUUGAGGGUAUGUACAUGAGUGACAAGAUCCAUUCUUUAUGUUAAACUAGAAGUUGCCCACAAAUAUGCCUUUAAUUGCUUUCAAAAUACGAAUUAAAUACGAUGAUAACUUGUAGUUAAAGUCUCAACUUGAUAUGUUUAUAGAUAAUAAAAUUUUAGUGUAUUAAAAUCUUUCAACAAAGUUUAAAUCUAAGACCAA